AGGGGUAAGAAGUUGAGAGGUCGAGUUAGCAAAAACGGUAAGGCGGCUACCCUUUCGCUGCAGUCGUAGCAAGUAAACGCACUCAAUGAAAGCGAAGUUGUCGUGUGUCCUCGCAGAAAACAGAGCAGUCGAGAAACAGUUUCAACGGGCGUCAGCUUCAAGGACUAUUAACGUAAUUGCUGAUACGCCUUGCUAGUUAGCUAGCGUUAGCAAGCUGCUAGCUGGCUUGCUAAAUCGCUAUGUCGCAACCAAGUGUUUGGACUUCCUGGAGCUAACGUUAAGUAGCUCACCUAAGACAAACCAUACCUCUGGAGGAAUAAAUACGAAUGAUGGCUGUGUCGGUGCGGGGCUUGUACUUUGUGGUGACACUGUUCUUGGGUAGUUUCUUUGGAAGUGUCUUCAUGCUGGGACCAGUUUUGCCCCUUAUGUUGCUGUCUCCUGCUUGGUACCGCUGGAUCACUGAUCGCAUCGUUGCAACCUGGCUCACCCUGCCUGUGUCCUUGCUGGAGCUGGUAUUUGGUGUGAAGGUGGUGAUAACAGGCGAUGGCUUCAUCCCAGGGGAGCGAAGUGUGAUCAUCAUGAACCACCGUACACGCCUGGACUGGAUGUUUCUUUGGUGUUGUCUGCUCAGGUACAGCUACCUUCGUCUGGAGAAGAUCUGCCUCAAGGCUGCCCUGAAGGCUGUGCCUGGCUUUGGCUGGGCAAUGCAGGUGGCCUGCUUCAUCUUUAUUCAGCGUCGUUGGGAGGAGGACAGGAAGCACAUGGAGAACAUGCUAGACUACUUCUGUGACAUCAGAGAGCCCCUGCAGCUGCUACUGUUCCCAGAGGGCACAGACCUCACUGAAAAUACAAGAACAAAAAGUGAUGCGUUUGCUGCCCAGAACAGCCUGCCAAAAUUUGAAUAUGUGCUGCAUCCCCGCACCACUGGAUUCACCUUCAUUGUGGACAGACUACGCAAAGGAGACAACCUGGAUGCUGUCCAUGAUAUUACAGUGGCAUACCCUAAGAACAUCCCUCAGACAGAACGCCACCUCAUCCUGGGGCUUUUUCCCCGUGAGAUCCACUUCCACGUCCGCCGCUACUCAGUGGCCUCACUGCCCACCCCUUCCUCUGACUUGGAGUACUGGUGUCGAGAGCGCUGGGCUGAGAAAGAGGUCCGUCUGCGUGAGUUCUACUCAGGCCAGCCUCGGGCCUUUGAUAGGGAAGGUGUUGCUCGUGUGCCACCUUGUAAGACGGAGCUGCGAGUGACUCUGAUCAAAGCUGCUUCACUGCUGUACUGGAGCAGCUUCAUUGCCCUGUGCUUCACUGGCCUCUGGUUAUGGGCUCCUUUCAGGCUUUACUUCCUGGUCAUGGUUGGAGUGUAUAUGGCCCAGCAGAAGCUGAUUGGAGGGCUGGAGCUGCUGGAGUUGUCCUGCCAUCGAUACUGGAAGUCCAUGGCUGCCAGUGUGGGUGAGAAGAAUAAGGUGAUGGAUGGGAAGAUGCAGUGAGGAUGGAAAAUAGGGUUGACUAGACAAUGACAUGUUUCCACCUAUGCUCAGCAAGGACACUGAGGACUCAUUUGUCCUGGCCUGUUCUGUCCAGUGGGCAAGAGGAUCCCUUUGCGAGACCCAGUGCUCCAUGCCUUAGAAAGGGAGUAAUGAGUUCACCUCCUGAUGGUAUGCAUGGCUUCAGUGGAGAGAGCUUAACUUUCUGUUGAAGAAUAAAAAGAGGAAUGUUAUGUACAUUUAUCUGUGUUAGAUUCAAAGAAUUCAUCACACAUAAUUUGUCACUUGCCAUUUGUAUGUCUGUAUAAUUUGUUAUUUAGCUUGUGGUCAGUGCAUUUUAUUAGUUUAUGUUGUUAGUGUUUAUUAGGUUGAACCUCAGUGUGGACAUGUGUCAUGAAACAAUGCUGUUUAGUAUUUUCUUAUACUGUUGCCAUGUCUUUGAAACUAGUUUUAUUGUUUGCUAAUGUUGCCCUUGGUUUUAUAUCAGUGUCAUACAUAAUGGAGCAGAGCCAUAGUACAGAUUACCUGUAUAUAUGAUGACUUGACUCUUAACCAAUAUUCAAAUCAGCACUAUAGUAAGCAGGAUAAGACUGAUUACUGAUUGAUUUAAAUGAGUUUCCAUUAGUAGUCUUUAGUUUAACAAGGAAAGAAAAGGACUGCUAUAAUUCCCAGAGAAUUAUAAAGAAAUAUACAGGUAUAUGUGUACCAUUGUUUACCUUUUAUUGGGUAUUAUUACCCUUUUACACAAAUUGGGAAAUUAACCUUUCCCAGUUAGUCCGUAGAGAUAACUUCUGUGAUGACGUUUGUCACUGUAUCUUGAAACAUGAGUUUUGUUAUUCUGCUCAAGUAGCUUUUGCACGUUAAAAGCCAAAGGUGAGAAAAGCAGCUGUGAUCUCAUAAAAAGUAACCAAACAGAAUGUAGUUUGUCUUGUUAAGGAAGGGAAGCUUCACCAACCACUUGCAAGGCUGCCUGCAGCUAUACUGCACCUGUAGUCAUCAAGAUCAAAGAUCUGUCAUAGAUCCUAUGUCUGAAUAACUGUGGAAGCAGAUGAGCUUUGUGCCCUUUCUGGGAAUGAAGGGAUGCCUUGUACAGGCAGGAUGUGGGUGGUGCAGGGGUGGAAGAAUGUCCUGUUGGGACAACAUUACCCCUCGAUGUGCAGGGUGGCACAGAGGACCAGACUUGGAGUGGAAAAUUGGCCCUGAACUCGACCUAAUCCAAAAAAGCCCUCUAAUGCCCACCUCUGCCUGUGUCCCUCGCUGGGGGACUGGCAUUGAUGCGUCUGCUAAACUCAAUUAGCAAAUGACAGCUGAGAAAGCUACACCAAUUGUCCCAAAAAACAGACAAAGUGAAACAAGAUUGGAGUGGCGCUUGUACCACACUUUUAGCCAUUAACUCUGCUUGCCAGUCAAUACCUUUUCAAUGUAAAUUGUGGGAGUCAUGAAACAUUUGUCUCUUGGACAGUCUAUAUAGGUUUAGGCAAUGUGUGAGCUAGCUGACCACUUAAACCCUAUUUUGUGAGACCGAUAUCUUUCACGCUGAACCACACAAUAGAAAGUUGACUGUUUUUUGUUUAUAUGAAUCUUAAGCUCCUGUAGUUAAAGUGUAAAGGGGCUGUUUCCAGUCACUGUGAUCUAGCUGUGUUAAUUUUAUCAUCAGCAUGUUAGUAGUGUACCAAACAUGGUACUAUAUCCGUGUCCCUCAAAACCCUGAACCAGCUACAAUCAUAUUACUCGUUGACUUAUGCUGUUUUUUGUUCUGCUCAUUUUACAAUCACUUGUUGAUGCUGGACCUCUUUAAAGUCACUGUCCUCAGGUAACCACAGCGGACACUUAAGUCAGUCUCAUAAAGGAGAAAAUAUAUAUCUGAAUAAAUAUACUACGCAACUCA